UGUGAUUCUGCGCCCGCCCUCUCGCGCCCCUGUCUGUCCCCAAACUUCCAGCUAAUGCACAUUCAUACAUAGACACACAACGUGAAAGAGAAUGAUACCAGGCAUCCGCUUGAUGGCCUCCUUAUUCAUUGUCUGGGGCUUGCUGGCCCCGUCCGUCCUAGGGGCCUCUACCUCUGCCGCCAGCACGAGCAGCGCUGCAAGCAGCACGAGACCUUCCGGCGCCGAGUACUCCCUGGCUCUCCAGAUGUGCUGGGACAAAGGCGCUAUCUGCUCGGUCGCGCAGGACUUUCGCGAGGAAUGCGAAGAGGUGCAGGACGCUCACGGGUUUGAUGAAUACUGGGAGUGCAUCUGUACUUCAGGCUCUGGUGCCGUCGACAUGGCAUGCGACAACUGCAAGGAUUACUACGGCAUCGGCGGCCUCGCCAGCAACACCACCAGCGACUGCUUGAGCAGGGGCUUCACCCUCGCCCCCAUCCCCAGCAGCAUCAUAUCCCAGCAGUCUCGGCACAAUGCCACGCGCGCCACCGUUCUCACCACCGACACGCCCACCUAUGUCGUGACCGUCCACGCCACCCAGCCCGAGUCGCUGCCGACCAUCGCCACCACCGCCAGCCUGCCCCUCGAGACGGGAGCAGCGUCACGUCAACGUCAGCCGGCCCAGCAUGGCCUUCUUAUGGGGGGUUCGGUCAUUGCAGGACUGAUCCUAGCCCUGUGAUAAACGCGGCAGUGGACUCAGGGGAGGCUAUAUGCCAGUGUGACCAUGCUGGUAUCACAAGCCAGAGCAAUCAAUGACAAAGCUCAAGCGUUCAUUCACGACUGAAACAUGAAAUGUGGAAUGAUUGAUUUUGUCAUAGAUGUAAUACAGAUUUUGUCACUGUCCUCGUAGAGUGGCUACCUAGGUACCUUAGCUAUUCAAGAAAUGGAUCCCUAACAGUGCACCAUACUCCCAAACCCCAAACGACAGACCUUGUCCUCGUUACCCAUCUGAACAAAACUAAAGGAGAGAAGCCAUCCCUUCCAUCGGGUAAUUCCUCUCUCACCCAACCUCACCUCUCCUUGAC